AUUUUUGUCUUCCUCCUUUCAUUUUCGUCUUCCUCCUCUGGCAGCAAGUAGUUCUUGCUCUCCUUUCCUCCAUUCUUUCCUUCGAAUCACUUUAACAUUUUUCUUCUUACAAUGGGUGGAUCAAGUAGUGAACCCAGAAAUUUCCCCUCCCUCUCUGCAGAAUCCGGAUCUGCCCUGCUUUGCUCUGUCCUUCCGCCGGCUGCUCUUGAUUGUGGGUGAUUUCUGGGCAUUUUUCUGAUUGCCGCCGGCCUUCUUCCCCCUGCUAGGUCCGGUUCUUGCUGGAAAAUUCUGGUAUGUGACAGCCUUUUAAGGCUUAAAUUGUCCAUUUUGUUUGCUGCCUUGUAUGUCCGAAUUUUGCUAGAAAAAUGGGGAAGAAUUCGAUAGCUUUAGGACCAUGAUUUAGCUUAAUUGAAGUGGGAUUUAUGUGAUUGAGUGUUAAUUGCUUGUUGUGAUUUUUGGAGUAAAAUCCCGUGAGAUUAGCUAGUGUUUUGGCCAUUUGUGGAAGUGCAGUUACUGUUCAUGGCACUGUUCACGGGUACUGUUCACAGAACACUGUUCACACCCCGGGGCCAAUAAUUAACGGGGAUUUAAAUGAUUAGUUGUGAUAUGAGAACGAAUUUGGAGAUGUUCGAUCAUGUGGAAAGUGAUAGAAAUAGCAUUGUGAUUAGGAAUGAUCCUAAUGAUGAUUUCAGUGUGAAUUUGUGAUAGUGGUAUUAAUUGUGGAUAUUUUGAUUAGGUCCUCGAUCGUUUUGUCAGUUAGCACUGAGAGUGAGUGCUCGGUUUUAUGCGAGUGAGGAAGUGAAACCGAGGACGGGGAAACCACGGGAAGUGACGAGUUAGAAAGCUAGCCAUUUCGGGAUUGAUAUAGAUUGUAGAAGUAAAUCAUGAUCUUGUAAACUAGAAUGUAUUUGGAGAUUUAUGAUAUCAGAGUAAAUUUUAAAGAUUUGAUCUUCAGAUUUUGAUGGUAUCAGAGUAUGAUAUGAUUAAGUUCCGAGCCUUGUGCACUUGUGGGACUCGUCUCACGAGUGCACGGCGUCUGUCACGUCCCCGGAUUUGGGUUCUGGGGCGUGACAAUUAUAUAAC